AUGUCUCCUCCUGCUGCCAUGUUUGAGUCUGCUACUGUUGCCCCUACCGGCAUCAAAGGCAAGGUCAUCGUCCCUGAGUCUGUGACCACCACCCUGACCGGCCAGGGCCAGUCCAAGCUUUUGGAGCAGUUCGGUGGCAAAUGGGAUGAGUUCAAGUUCGCCCCCAUCCGCGAGAGCCAGGUCUCUCGCGCCAUGACCCGUCGGUACUUCCAGGACCUGGACACCUACGCCGAGAGCGAUGUUGUCAUCGUCGGCGCCGGCUCCUGUGGUCUGAGCACUGCCUAUGUGCUGGCCAAGGCCCGCCCGGACCUGAAGAUUGCCAUCCUGGAGGCCUCCGUGUCACCCGGAGGUGGUGCUUGGCUCGGUGGCCAGCUCUUCAGCGCAAUGGUCCUCCGCCGCCCUGCGGACGCCUUCCUGACUGAGCUCGGCGUUCCCUUCGAGGAGGAGCCCUCGAACCCGAACUUCGUCGUGGUCAAGCACGCCGCACAGUUCACUUCGACUCUCUUGUCGAAGGUCCUCGCCUUCCCCAACGUGAAGCUCUUCAACGCAACCUGUGUCGAGGACCUCAUCACCCGCCCGGACGGCGACAGCGUCCGUCUCGCCGGUGUUGUCGUCAACUGGACUCUCGUCACCCUCCACCACGACGAUCACUCCUGCAUGGACCCCAACACUAUCAAUGCCCCCAUCAUUGUCAGCACCACUGGCCAUGACGGGCCAUUCGGUGCCUUCUGCGCCAAGCGUCUUGUCUCUAUGAGCGCCAUUGAGAAGCUUGGUGGUAUGCGCGGUCUUGACAUGAACGCUGCCGAGGAUGCCAUUGUUAAGAACACUCGUGAGGUUGCCAAGGGUCUCAUCAUCGGUGGUAUGGAGCUGUCUGAGAUUGACGGCUUCAACCGUAUGGGCCCUACCUUUGGCGCUAUGGUUAUGAGUGGUGUCAAGGCGGCUGAGGAGACUUUGCGUGUCUAUGAGACCCGCAAGCGCGAGUGUGCUGAGUAA